UACCAAGACCAUAUGUAGCACUCUUUGAGGUGCUUCUCUAUUUCCUCUUUGGUUUUGGCAGUACCAACCACCCAUCAUUGGGUUCAGACCCAACCACUUUGUUUAUGAAAGAGAACGUACCAAAAACAAUGGAAAACUUUGAUAUUCUUGGUGUGUGCCUUUUGUUCCUCUCCUUGAUAACCAUGUCCUCCACGUUGGACAUGGUUACAACAAUUCAACCAAUCAGAGAUGGUAAGAAUGAGAAUGAAACUCUGGUUUCAACAAAUGGAACCUUUGAAGCAGGAUUCUUCAGCCCAGAAAACUUCGACAGCCGUUACCUCGGAAUUUGGUACACAAACAUAUUUCCAAGAACAGUUGUUUGGGUAGCCAACAAAGAAAAACCACUUAAAGACCACUCUGGAGUCUUAUAAGUAGACACUGAUCAAGGCAUUCUUAGUAUCAAGGAUGGUACAGGAGCAAAAAUAUGGUUCUCAAGUGCAUCACACACACCAAACAAACCGGUUGCGGCGGAGUUGUUAGAAUCAGGAAACAUGGUUCUUAAAGAUGGAGACAAUAACUUUUUGUGGCAAAGCUUUGAUUACCCUGGUGACACUUUACUUCCAGGAAUGAAAAUUGGAGUGAACUUCAAAACCGGUCAACAUCGAGCUCUAAGAUCAUGGAGAUCCUUUACGGAUCCUACUCCAGGUAAUUUUUCACUUGGUGUUGAUACUCGUGGCCUUCCUCAAUUAGUUAUUACAAAUGAGAAUACUAAUAGUAAUGACAUAGCUUAUAGACCAGGGUCAUGGAAUGGUCUUAGUAUCACGGGGCUUCCUGGAGAAAUAACUGACCAAUUAACAAAAUCCCUUUUUGUUAUGAAUCAAGAUGAGGUCUUCUAUGAGAUUCAGCUCUUGAAUAGUUCAACUAAACUCAUGAGAAGCAGAUUGCUUCCAGAAGGGUAUCAAGUACGUUUUAUAUGGUCAGAUGAGAAAAAAAUAUGGGAUUCUCAAUUCCCUAAACCAUUUGAUGUGUGUCAGACAUAUGCCUUGUGUGGUGCAAAUGCUAUUUGCGAUUUCAAUGGAAAAGCUAAACACUGUGGAUGCUUGAGUGGAUUCAAAGCCAACUCUGCUGGUUCAAUUUGUGCUCGAACUACCCGUCUAGAUUGUAAUAAGGGAGGUAUAGAUAAAUUUCAGAAGUAUAAGGGAAUGAAAUUGCCUGACACAUCUUCAUCUUGGUAUGAUAGGACUAUUACUACUCUUCUGGAAUGUGAAAAAUUGUGCUUGAGCAAUUGCUCUUGUACUGCAUAUGCUCAAUUGAAUAUCAGUGGCGAGGGAAGUGGCUGCUUGCAUUGGUUUUCUGACAUUGUUGACAUCAGGACACUCCCAGAGGGAGGACAAAAUUUUUAUUUACGAAUGGCUACAGUUACAGCUUCAGAGUUACAAUUACAAGAUCACCGCUUCAGCAGGAAGAAAUUAGCAGGAAUUGUGGUUGGCUGUACUAUCUUCAUCAUUGCGGUUACUGUAUUCGGAUUGAUAUUUUGCAUUAGGAGGAAGAAACUCAAGCAGUCAGAAGCAAAUUAUUGGAAAGACAAGAGUAAGGAGGAUGACAUUGAUUUACCAAUAUUUCACUUUUUAUCCAUCUCCAAUGCCACAAAUCAGUUUUCAGAGAGUAACAAAUUGGGACAAGGCGGCUUUGGACCUGUGUACAAGGGCAUAUUGCCAGAUGGGCAAGAGAUUGCAGUUAAGAGACUUUCUAAAACUUCUGGACAAGGUUUGGACGAGUUCAAAAAUGAAGUCAUGUUGGUUGCAAAACUUCAACACCGCAAUCUUGUAAAACUUCUUGGUUGUUCAAUUCAGCAAGAUGAAAAGUUGUUGGUUUAUGAAUUCAUGCCAAAUAGAAGCUUGGACUACUUUAUUUUUGAUUCAACAAGACGCACAUUAUUAGGUUGGGCUAAGCGAUUCGAAAUUAUUGGUGGAAUUGCUCGAGGACUUCUAUAUCUUCAUCAAGACUCUAGACUAAAAAUCAUUCAUAGGGAUCUCAAGACUGGUAAUGUUCUUCUCGAUAGUAAUAUGAACCCAAAAAUAUCAGAUUUUGGUAUGGCUAGGACAUUUGGGCUGGAUCAAGAUGAAGCAAACACAAAUAGAGUGAUGGGAACAUAUGGUUAUAUGCCUCCUGAAUAUGCUGUCCAUGGAUCUUUUUCAGUCAAAUCUGAUGUCUUUAGCUUUGGUGUGAUUGUGUUGGAGAUAAUCAGUGGAAGGAAGAACAGGGGAUUUUGUGACCCACACAAUCAUCUAAAUCUUCUUGGACAUGCAUGGAGACUAUGGAUUGAGAAAAGACCAUUGGAACUUAUGGAUGACUCAGCGGACAAUCUAGUCGCUCCAUCUGAAAUAUUAAGAUAUAUUCAUAUUGGUUUGUUAUGCGUACAACAAAGACCAGAAGAUAGGCCAAACAUGUCUUCGGUAGUUUUAAUGCUGAAUGGUGAAAAGUUAUUGCCCGAGCCAAGUCAACCCGGGUUCUACACAGGAGGAAGAGACCAUUCAACCGUGACAAAUUCUUCUUCAAGAAAUUGUGAAGCGUACUCCCUCAACGAAAUGUCUGACUCAUUGCUCAAGCCAAGAUAGAUAAUUAAAAAAAAUGGUAUGGAAACUAGAGAAGUUUCCUACUACCAAUCUCAACAAGUACUACAAUAUGUGUGGAAGAAAUAUCAAUGUCUCUAGAAUUUGAAUUUUUUUGUAUUGAAUCUAUGACUUAAAUGGAACCCCUCUGUUUUUGAAUAUGAUUAAAUGGAAGAAAUAUUAAGCUAUAUUA